AUGCUUCUUAUAUUGACUGCUGAUGGCCUCAGUUAUGUCCACAGCCUCGAAGAGAGGGUCGCGUUUCUCGAACUGAAACUCCAGCGCUAUGGCAUCCAAGACGUUGAACCAGACUCUCCGGCCUCAUUGCAGUCGCAUGCAAGCAACCAUCCAGCAGAUUCACACGCUCAGACAGCGAAAUUCUCCCUCAAACAAGACGACAGCGUCAUCCGGCCUCUUCUCAACGCCAAAACGAAUGGCUCCUCCCGCUCUCUCUCGCAGAUGCUCCGUUUCGGCACCCAAGACGACGUCUCCUUCAACAGGCUGCUGUUCGCAGAACUACACAAGACAGAAGCCACUGUCGAUCUCGCGCAGGCGUGGGAAGAACCACUCGCAGCGGCAGGAGACGACUACGUGCGGUUUGAAGUGCCGAAAAACCUGGAUCCCUCGCCCGUGUCGCUGCCAGAGACACGAGUGGCUGAAUACCUGACCAGAGUGUACUUCGAGUUUGCCAACUUCAGCUCCCCCGCGCUGCACGAGCCGACCUUUCGUCGGAAACUCGAAUACGCGUAUUCCAUCGAGGAGCCGGGUCGUGUCAAAGAAGGGGACCGUCACGCCCAUCUGGCGUUUUUCUUCUCGUAUAUGAUUUUCGCCAUCGCGUUGUUAACUCUGCAAAAGCAUGAUGCCACCGGAGUUCCGAUGUCGCUGUGUGAACGCUAUCACGGCGCGGCGCUGCGCUGCCUCGAGCCCAUCGGACUGCCGGAGCUGGGCCUGCAUCAAGAUCCGCCUCCAGGCAAAGUCGACCCGUUGACUCUGGACACAAGACGACGCGUCUUCUGGGUCGCCUACUCGAUGGACCGGACUGUUGGGACGAUCCUGGACAGGCCGUUCUGUCUGUCUGAUGGGGCCAUCGACACGCAGUUCCCUAGCCCAGUCAACGACGACCUCAUCACAAGCGAAGGAAUCGCCACCGGGGACUCUACCUCACUGGGCAAGAAAGCUUUCAGCAUUUACUACUUCCGCUACCGCCAGCUGCAAUCCGAGAUCCAGGUGACGCUGCGUGAGCGCAAGCCUGCAGCCUAUCCUCCGACCAACUACGAGACCUGGCAGCAGGACAUGCACCAGCGACUGCUCGACUGGAAGUCAUCGACGCCAAAAGACAGCGCACCGAGUAACAUCGCUCCGCCGGAGGUCCUCGAGCUGGCAUAUCACCAAGCUCUGAUUGCGCUAUACCGCCCCUCACCGAACAUUCCAAAUCCGUCGGAAUCUGCGAUGGUGAUACUAGCCGACUCUGCGUCCUUCUUCAUCAAGCUGUACCGUCGCCUGCACCGCAAAAACAAGCUGCGGCUAUUCUGGCAGGCAGUCUACAACCUGUUUGCUGCUGGGACCGCUUUGUUGUACUGCUACUCGCACUCCGCGCAGGUGCGCGAGCGCAUGUCCUUUCGGUCACUCGAGACGACUGUUCAUUCCUGUUCGGCGGCAAUGUGGGCGAUGGUCGAGCGGUUUCCUGCUGCGAAGGGGAAACGCGAUGCUUUUGACGCGAUUGCGUCUGCUGCGUUGGACGCGAUUGCAUCGACGAUGGAUAGGCCUGUGGGUAUUGCGAGAAGCGAGACGGGGUCUGCGAUAGGAGGAACUGUUGAAAGCUCUGCACCCUGUCCCGGAUCUGCAGUCAUGACAGGCAGCCAGAAUCUGGCUAACGUGGCUGAAAGGACGGCCAUGUCAGAUCCUGGCGGAGUAGAGAACAACGAUUUCAUGUCCUGGACGGGCACUGCAGGGGAGCAAAUCGCCACAGAUGAUAUAUCUCUAGAUAUGGGCGUGUUUCAGGGCGCAAGCAGUUUUUCGCUCUCUACAUGGAUUGUACUGGGUGUUGUUAGGGCUAUCACGGACGACACCGAUGCCGGAGAAGACCGACUGGCCGCAGCGAAUCCCGCAAUCACUAUUCCCGGCAUAAAAAUAGGAAAUCGCGUUUUCUGCGUUGUUAUGUUAACGCGAUUGAUUUCCAUACAUGAGGAGAUGACUGCUGUGGCGUGGAACGUGCUGCAGUUUCUAUUUCGAUAUGAGAUUAGCAAGAGUGACCAUGAUUAUAAGACGAUACUGCAGUAUAUACGCAACCAUUUUGCGGAUUAUCAAAGAAAUACAAAGUCGAAACCGCAAUUUAGUGACGAUGACUCAAAUCCGGAAGCUGUCUGCCUCCUCCUCGCUAGUCGCAGUAUUCUUUACCGUCCACUCACACAGCUCCUCCUGCUUCCUCUCAUCAUAGCUUUCGUCACUGGAUUUGAUCUGCCUCCUCUCCUUGUAAUACACGCCGCUGAUCCCCUCGACCUCCGGACUGGUCGCCAGCCAGGCCAAGUUCGCACCGGACUCCUACGGCGUAUGGAUGUUGGGCGUCAGCAGGCAGCGAAGCAGCGGAAGAAUGCGAGGCAUAACGUGCAGCCAGAGGAACCGCUCGAUGGAAUUGCCCUCUCGCACCAGCCCUGUCCCUGGCAUCAGUCCCGGGUCGAAGGCAACCACCGUCCAGGACUUUUUCGCGCGGGUGAUCCGCCGGUGGAGCGCAUACGUCUACAGCACGUUCACCAGCUUGCUGGUCAAAUACCGCUGGCGACCCGGGUUUCUGGCCGAAUCUGGCGUCGGAUGGGACAGUUCUUCGGCCGUCGUGUACUUUGCAUCUGGCAAUCCGGUCUUCUGCGCCGGGUCGUGAGUGCCGCUGGAUGUUACCACGAUGCGCGCCGUGUCUGCGAAAUGCGGCUUGAGGAGCGAGAACAGCAGCGCGUGGCCGACAUGGUUGAUGGCGAAUGUCCGCUCGAAGCCAUCGACCGUGUAGCCAACGCCGUCUGGGAAUUGCAAUCCGGCGUUGAGAAGGAGAGCCUGAAUGGGCGGAUAUUUCUUUGCUUCCCACUCGGCGACGAAGGAGCGGACGGCAGCCAGACUGGAGAGGUCCAGACGCAGGUAGCUGACAUUGGCUUGACCAAGCAGACGGUUGAUCGCUGCUGCUGCGUCGUGGCGAUUAGUGCGUGA